AUGGCCAGCAAAGGUUUUGGCGAGGUGAUCAGCUUUUUCUUGGCCGUGGCUUUCUGUGUUACGUGCCCAGAAUAUGUAUCAUCAGCUCAACGUGAGACUGGAAAGGGUAUGCCCAACAAUGCAUCGGCCACAGCAACGCCCGGCGCAGACAACGUCAUCCGACCAGCCUUAGCUGAACCCCGCCCAACCCCACGAACCGGCCCCUACUUCGAUUUAGUGGCGUCCAAGAAUGUCACCGCAUUACUUGGAAAGACCGCUUACCUAAAUUGCCGAGUGAAAAACUUAGGGAAUAAAACACUCAAUAUGCAGGUAUCUUGGGUGAGGCACAGAGACAUUCAUUUGCUGACUGUAGGUCGGUAUACCUACACGAGCGACCAGAGAUUUAGAGCUAUUCACCUACCACACUCAGAAGAUUGGACAUUACAGAUAAAAUAUCCACAGCACAGAGAUUCUGGGAUAUACGAGUGUCAGAUAUCUACCACUCCACAUAUGAGUCAUUUUAUACACUUGAAUGUCGUUGAGCCGACGACAGAAAUUAUAGGCGGUCCAGACUUGUAUAUCGAUCGUGGCAGUACUAUCAAUUUAACAUGCGUAGUACUCUAUUCACCUGAACCGCCGGCUUAUAUAUUUUGGAACCACAAUGAUGCGAUUAUAAGCUACGACUCCCCCCGAGGUGGAGUAUCUGUUGUAACAGAGAAGGGAGAAACGACAACAUCUUUCUUACUUAUCCAACAAGCGAGGCCGUCAGAUUCUGGCACUUACCAGUGCAAUCCGAGCAACGCUCAGUCGAAAAGCAUCGUUGUACAUGUACUUAAUGAAGCAAAUUCGAUUUUCCCUUUGUCAGGUGAGUAUCCAGCCGCGAUGCAGAGAGGAGGGCAGACUUUCGAACCCACAUCGACUUACUGCAUUCUUCUGGCAACCAGCCUUUUCAUAGCUUUAUCUUGA